AGACAACUACAUGCCCGAGAUCUCCGCUGUCGAUGCCUCCGUCAUUGGACAACUUAAAGUUGACCCCGUCACCAAGCAAAUGUUGGAAUCUAUGGUUCGUCUUAUUUUCUGAGU